AUGGAAUUGGACCAAGCUGUGGUAUUACGUCAUCUCAAAGAAUUAGGGUAUGAAAAUGUCGAAUCUCAUUUGCUUCAAAAAUUCAUGAAAGAUUUAAAAAAACUUAUCAAAUAUGAAAAACAAAAAACCCUAGUUGAAGAAAAGGAAAAUUUUAAUGUUGGUUUAAACAAAAUAAGUUUAUUAGAAGAAAAACAAAAAAUUUUAUCAAACAAUUAUUGUAAAAAUCAGUGCUGUAAUAAAAAAAGUAAUGAUGUUUUUGAAAGGCUGUCACGCCCAAGUUCAAAAACAAAAAUAUGUUCCAAAGCAGUAUCAACAAUAGGAGUUCAAACAGAUUUACAGAAUACAAAAACUAGAGAGAACAAAUAUUUACAAAUUUUAAAAAGGAAACAAAUGGAUCCAGUAUCAUUACAUCAAUAUUACCAAACAGAAUGGCAAAAUCAUAAAGUGCCAGGUGAAAAAAAUCAUAAUGAUCUACGAUGGAAAAUUAGACAGACUAUGAUACGUAAAUAA